AUGAUUUACCUGGAUUAUCAAUCGAUGACAAACCUUUAUGAAAGGAGACGGACAUGGCAUGUGGCUGGUUCGAACAAGGGCGAGGGAUCUUCAAGAUCGUCGUCAGUGCCAACAAAGGUAUGGCAACCAGGAGUCGACAACAUUAAAAAGGGAGAAAAGCUUCAAUGUGAUCCAUCUGCUUAUAAUUAUCUUCAUGCUUUUCAUGUCGGCUGGCCUUGUUUGAGUUUUGACAUACUGCGUGAUAAACAUGGACUGAUUCGAACUGAGUUUCCACACACAGUUUAUUGCAUUGCUGGAACUCAGGCAAAGGAAGCUUCAUCUAAUUACAUUGGGAUCUAUAAGAUUUCUAAUAUAUCUGGGAAAAGGCGGGAUUUGGUUCCCAAAUCAAUUGAUGAAGACGAAGACAGUGAUAGUGAUAGUGACAAAGAGGAUGAAAAAGAGGGUGGUGGAUCUGGGGCACCAGUCUUGCAGACUCAAAGUGUUCUUUUUAUGAAACUGCAGCUAAGCAAGAUUUCUCAUGAAGGUUGUAUUAAUCGUAUUCGCGCCAUGCCCCAAAACCCUAAUAUUUGUGUAACUUGGUCAGAUACGGGUCAUGUUGAGAUUUGGUACUUUGUGAAUCAUCUAAAAGCUUUGGCCGAGUCUGAAGAAGACAUAAGCGGAGGUGCUUUGCCAGCUUCUUCUACUCAGGCUCCAUUGGUUAAUUUUGGUGGCCACAAAGAGGAAGGAUAUGCCAUAGAUUGGAGUCCUCUUGUUCCUGGAAGGCUUGUAUCUGGUGACUGCAACAACUGUAUUCAUUUGUGGGAACCUGCUUCUGAAACAACAUGGAAUGUCGGUUCUAAUUCAUUUAUUGGGCACAUCGCAAGUGUUGAAGAUCUACAAUGGAGUCCCACUGAACCUCAUGUUUUUGCUUCUUGCUCGGCAGACAAAAAUAUAGCAAUUUGGGACAUUCGGUUAGGGAAGAAACCGGCAGCUAUAAUAAAGGCACAUAAUGCAGAUGUUAAUGUGAUAUCAUGGAAUAGGCUGGCUAGUUGCAUGCUGGCAUCUGGAAGUGAUGAUGGUACAUUUUCAAUUCGCGAUCUAAGAUUGCUCAAGGAUGGAGAUUCAGUUGUGGCUCACUUUGAAUAUCAUAAACAUCCGAUCACAUCUAUUGAAUGGAGUCCGCAUGAAGCCUCUACUUUGGCAGUUUCAUCUUUGGACAAUCAACUGACAAUAUGGGACCUUUCUUUAGAAAAAGACGAAGAAGAGGAAGCAGAAUUCAAAGCUAAAACGCAGGAGCAAGUAAAUGCACCUAGUGAUUUACCACCACAGCUUCUAUUUGUUCAUCAGGGGCAAAAAUCUUUGAAAGAACUCCAUUGGCAUUCACAGAUCCCCGGAAUGAUCAUAUCUACUGCUGCAGAUGGUUUUAACAUCUUGAUGCCUUCAAAUAUAGAGACUGCCCUUCCUCCUGCAGCUGCCAAUUCUUGA